AUGUAUUAGGAUAAAGAGUAAGUUGGAGAGUUGCUUAAUGUUUUGGCUUUAUUGUAAGAUGUUGAUGAAGAAGUCUUCUCUAUCCUCAUUUACACAUUAAAAAAAGAGAAAAUUUUAGACUGCUUAGAAUUUCUCUCAUAAGAUUAAAAUUAAUUCCUUUUAGAAAUAGAAAGAUAACAGGUAGAUAAUUUAUCUUUGCUUGAUAAAGAAUAGACUCUCAAUAGGGAGAGAAACAUUAAGAAAAUAAUGGAUAUUCUCAAAAAAAUUCGGGAUCAUGAAUUUAAUAAACAGAAUUACUCUAUGGAUGAUUAUGAAGAAAUAAAAAAGGAUCUGAUCACAAAAAUAUAAUGUGGUAAGAAAAUUAUAGAAUUUCUCAAAUUUUUAGUCCAUCUUACAGCAUUAGAUGAUAAAUAUAUUUGGUGUGGAUCAAAUUCUUUUCAUGUGCUAGUUUAAAUGAAGGUUGAUAUGAGAGAAUAAUGUUUUGAGAACAUUAGAAUAAGAAAUACUUCCUUAAUAGGCGCGAAUUUGGUAAGAUGUGACUUAAGUGGGUCAGAAUUGGACAAUGUCAUUAUCAGUGGAGUGAAUUUGAAUUAAGCUAAAUUAUUUAAUUGUAAGUGGAGGAAUAUAAGGAUAAAUGAGGGGAUUUAGUUUAUUGGCCAUAGCAAUAAAGUUAAUUAAGUUUGCUUUCAUCCAAAUGGUAAAUCAUUAGCUUCUUGUAGCGAGGAUAAUUCUAUUAUUAUGUGGGAUGUUAAAACUGGAAAAAUAAAGUCAAGAAUCACAGGAUAUGAAAAGGUAAAAUCAGUAUGCUUCUCACCUAAUAAUACCACAUUAGCUUUCAUCUGCAAAAAAUUUGUGUAUUUAUGGAAUUUUAAAACAGGAAAAUAAUUUUCUAAAUUGAUUGGUCAUUCAUCAAUUGUAACUUCAGUCAAUUUCUCUCCUGAUGGUAUUACAUUAGCAUCUGGUAGUUAUGAUAACUCUAUCCGUUUAUGGGAUGUUAAGACAGGAUAAUAAAAAGCAAAAUUAGAUGGUCAUUCAAGGAUAGUUUAUUCAGUCAAUUUCUCACCUGAUGGUACUACAUUAGCAUCUGGUAGUCAUGAUAACUCUGUCCGUUUAUGGGAUGUUAAGACAGGAUAAUAAAAAGCAAAAUUAGAUGGACAUUCAAGGAUCGUUUAUUCAGUCAAUUUCUCUCCUGAUGGUACAAUAUUAGCAUCUGGUAGUGUAGAUAUCUCUAUCCGUUUAUGGGAUGUUAGGACAGGAUAAUAAAAAGCAAAAUUAGAUGGUCAUUUAAGUGGAAUUCUAUCAGUCAAUUUCUCUCCCGAUGGCACUACAUUAGCAUCUGGUAGUGUAGAUAACUCUGUCCGUUUAUGGGAUAUUAAGACAGGAUAAUAACAAAUCAAAUUAGAUGGCCAUUCAAGUGGAAUUCUAUCAGUCAAUUUCUCUCCUGAUGGCACUACAUUAGCAUCUGGUAGUUAUGAUAACUCUGUCCGUUUAUGGGAUGUUAAGGCAGGAUAAUAACAAGGCAAAUUAGAUGGUCAUUCUAGUGGAAUUCUAUCAGUCAAUUUCUCUCCUGAUGGUACAACAUUAGCAUCUGGUUGUUACGAUAACUCUAUCCGUUUAUGGGAUGUUAAGACAGGAUAAUAAAAAGCAAAAUUAGAUGGUCAUUCAAGGAUAGUUUAUUCAGUCAAUUUCUCUCCUGAUGGUACUACAUUAGCAUCUGGUAGUCAUGAUAACUCUGUCCGUUUAUGGGAUGUUAAGAUAGGAUAUUAAAAAGCCAAAUUAGAUGGUCAUUCAAGUGUAGUUAGUUAAAUUUGUUACUCUCCUGAUGGUACUACAUUAGCAUCUGGUAGUUGGGAUAAGUCUAUUUGUUUAUGGGAUGUUAAGACAGGAGAAUAAAAAGCCAAAUUAGAUGGUCUUUUAAAUUGUGUUAGCUCAAUUUGUUACUCUCCUGAUGGUACUACUUUAGCAUCUAGUAGUUAUUUUAACUCUAUCUUCUUAUGGGAUGUUAAGACAGGGUAAUAAAAAGCCAAAUUAGAUGGUCAUUCAAGAGCAGUUUAUUCAAUUUGUUACUCUCCUGAUGGUAAUACAUUAGCAUCUGGUAGUCAUGAUAACUCUGCCCGUUUAUGGGAUGUUAAGACAGGAUAAUAAAAAGCAAAAUUAGAUGGUCAUUCAAGUUGUGUUAAUUCAAUUUGUUACUCUCCUGAUGGUACUACAUUAGCAUCUGGUAGUUCAGAUAAGUCUAUCCGUUUAUGGGAUGUUGAGACAGGAUAAUAAAAAGCGAAAUUAGAUGGUCAUUCAGAUUAAGUAAGAACAAUUUGUUACUCUCCUGAUGGUACUAUAUUAGCAUCUGGUAGUUAUGAUAGCUCUGUCCGUUUUUGGGAUGUUAAGUCAACAAAAGAGCUUCUACCUCAAGAUAAUUACUACAAAGCUCUUUUAUCUUCGCUUAAAUUGCCGCUAUCUAGCCAAUUCAUUUUAUACAAUGGUGUUUAUUAAUUUUAUUUUUUAGCCUACUUUGAUCCUACAAUACUAAGACUAUGUUAAAAUCCCACGUUAGAAGCAAAAGGAGCUUUAAUAUUGAAAGGAGAAUUAUUUGAUUACAAAGGAUAUGAUUUAAGAUUAUUAUUUAAAUCUAAAGGAAGUUUGAUUUUAGAACACCAACAUUAAUAGCAAAAUAAUUGA